AUGAAUUGCUGGCUGAAGGACUAGGGCGGGGUGAGCUGCGGGGUGAGCUGUGAGAUAUAUCCACGGCUCCACGGAUAUGACGGCCCAGGUGGAAGACGAGCGCGUACCGUGCUAUGAAACAGGCCAAACUUGGAAACCCGAUGCAGGAUUUUUCUUAGCAAAAAUAGAACAUCUGGAAUUUUCUUUUUGUCUUGGUGAGAGCGAAUGGUUUUGUGAGACGAUGGUUCGGCCCAUAGCGGUUCUCGCCAGCCCAACGCUAUUUCAGGCUUGUCAGUUAGUUAGCUUGUUUCCUUGAGUUAGCAAGAGUUAGAUAUAGUUAGUCUGUCUGAAACUCGAGAUUCGACAUCCAGGCCUGGACUCGAGGCCAAAAGUUUUUUUUUUGCAAAGCUGACGGGGUGCACAGAGCAUGCACUUGUUACUGCAUUUCCUCACAAACUCCUGCAUGAACAUACAUAGAUACAUGGUGCACAUAGAGCAGUAACCAUGGAAGUAGUUCAGGCCCCUUAUUUAAUGCCACCAGUUCUCCACGUGUUGUUUGGCCGAUCGUAUCUGUUAAGUUGAGCGUUGUUUGCCUGCCGGCGUGCUUGUUGGUGCUGAUAAAGCGCUUGCUGGGAGAUUUAGCUUAACUAUAAAUUUUAGCCUCAUGCUUGCUCUCAUCUCCACCAAACCAUCAACCACCACAGCCAUGACAAUUGACAGACGACGACUUCUCACCACCGCUGCUCCUCACAGAACGGGAAGAAAAUCAUCUGCUCUCAACUAACCGUUUCAUUCGCAACCCCGACCCCGCUGCUAUAACCUGGUGUUGAUGUUGCUCUCUUCAUCUCUGCCUCCUCCUCUCCCUUGCUCCCACCAGCGGACGCCAAUCUCCCCAGCUGAGACAGUCACAGGGAAGACAUAAUUUUGCUAAUCAAGUUAGCUGGGAAUAGCUCACCCUGGCCUCAGGCUAACAAGCUACUGCGAGAGAGGGCAGUCUGUGUCGUCUCCUCCGCCCCCUAUCACCGGCUCGUAGUCCCCUUGCCGCGGGUUUCUGUCGCCCCAGCACUUCCUUUAUUUGUUCCCCUUCAGCCGAGCCGUCGUGCCAACUAUGGCAUCUGCUCUGAGCAAACGCCAACAGGCGCGCAACGAGAGAGCUUUGCAAGAAUUGAUCAAGUCGGUUCCCGGCAAUGACCGGUGCGUGGACUGCCAGGCCAGAAAUCCAGGAUGGGCCAGCUGGAAUCUCGGCGUGUUUCUGUGUGUGCGCUGCGCUACAUUACACCGCAAGUUAGGCACACAUAUAUCGAAGGUUAAGUCGUUGAGUAUGGAUAGUUGGUCAUCAGAUCAGGUGGACAACAUGAAACGGAAUGGAAACGCUGCAGUCAACAAAUUAUACAACCCAAGAAACGUCAAACCCCCUAUUCCUAUUGACAUAGACGAGGUGGACUCUGCGAUGGAAAGAUUUAUAAGACAAAAAUAUGAAUUGAAAGUAUUGGAGGAUGGACGGCCGAAGCCCCCCAGCAGACAUGAUCCGAGUUACACCGUAGCAAAAAUUUCUGACGACUCUCCUCCGCCUCUGCCACCGAAAACGGGAAGACGCUUUGGUUUCGGCCUGCGAUCUGCGUCUUACAACAAUGCUGUUUCCAGCUCAGAAAAAUCGUCUCCGCGCGAGGACUACGCAUUUUCAGCGAAUAGACAAUCCAGAACCUUUGGCGCCAGCUUUGGGGAUCCAGAUGGGACCUUUGAAUCAAAACUAGAAGCACUGCGAGAUAUGGGGUUCCCAGACAACAAGCGUAAUGCCACUAUUCUGAAGAGCCUGAAUGGGAACAUGGAUAAGACUAUAGAGUCGUUGGUUAGACUGGGAGAAGGGACUGAUCCUCGCCCGAGAUCUCGGGCUCCAGUACCAAAGGUGACUCGUACGAGUUCUCAGUUGUCGGAACCCUCCAAAAGUCCGAGAUCUACACUUUCGAAUAAUCCGUUUGAUAAUCUGGAUUACGCCCCGUCGCGCGCCCCAUCUAGUUAUGCGGGAAGCCAGCCUGAGCCACAACAACCCUCCAGCAUCAACGGAGCUAAAUACUACAAUCCAUUUGAUUCUUUAGAAGCGCAGCCCGCCCUAACACAGUCCACUCAAUCGCUAGACCAGUCGUUCCAGCAACUCCAAGUGUCACAGCCUCUAUUUCCAAACAUUACAGGUGGAUAUCCCAGCCAACAGGGGCAGAUGCCAUUCCAAAGAUCCCAGCAAUCUAUGACACCUCCAGUCACUAUGUCGUUGCAAAACGGGCUUACCGCAUCGCCUACCUUUUUGAAUGGAGGCUAUAAUCCUUUCUUCCAAAAUGUACAGCCUGCGCAGCAAACCAUGAACAAUAACCCCUAUGUAGACCAGCUUCAAGGCCUCUCACCAACCAACCCGUUUUUCAAUAUGUCUGGUCAAGCUCUAGGCUCUCAGCCGCAGACUCUCGCAUUGGGCCGUGGUGCUGGGAAUGUUAAUCAAACUCAAAUGCCGCAAUUUCAACGCUACAACACCAUGCCAAUCCUUUCUUCUUCCUCUCCAUUCUCCCAGCAGCAACAGCCGCAGCAGCAGCCACAACUGCAACAACCUCAACAGCAACAAUAUAUACCGCAAGAACAACAGGCACCCUACAACCCAUUCACCAUGCCAAACGCUCCGUCAUCUAACCCCUCCUACCAGCCUCAAUUUAACCUCCAGCCCCCGCAACAAACCCUCAUGCCCAAACAAACUGGCAAAAUAGACAAAUCCAGCAUCCUCGCUUUAUACAAUUUCUCCCAACCCCCUCCAACGAUCCCCGAACAGUCCUCACAGCAACUGACGCCCGAUUUCACGCAAGCUCAACAGCCACAACAGCAGCAACAGCAGCCACAGCAAAACUCCGCCGCUACGUUCGACCUCCCCGCCUCCAACAGCCGAAACCCAUACCAUACCGCCCCUCCCAAUGCCAUGACCACGCCAGGCGCGCCGCUCAUUUCAACGGUAAUGGACUCCAAGUCGCAGAUGGGAAGUGCGUCUGGAGGAGUGGGUGUAGUAGGGGUCGGACGAAGUGGUGCUGGUGGGGGAAAUCCGUUCCCGCCAAGAGCGCAUAUGAGCCAAGCCAGUGUGGAUAUUGGCGGGAUGCAGGAUGGACGUCAUAGCCCGGAUGUAUUUGCAAGUUUGAGUUCACGGUAUGUGCAGUAAUUGCAUUUCUUUGGAGCCGGAAGAUAGUGGGGCGGAGAAAGAAUUGUGAGGAGCGGGGACAGGGGAGGAAAGAGGAGAAAAAUGGAGACUACAUUGAUGUGGAUGGGACAGGUUAUGGUUGGUUGGAAUUGCCGGGGCAGUUGGAUUCCACGUAUUUUUUUUUUUUUUUUUUUUUUUUUUUUUGGUCGGGGUUGGAUUGGAUCGCCGGUUUGUUGACCGGGUAUAUAUAUUUUUCCCCUUUGCAUUUUCAAAGUUUUAUCCUCCUUCCUUCGCUUUUCCAAAUUUCUUGACGAAAGGGUCUUGUGAGUGGUUUUUUUUUUUUUUUUUUUUU